AUGCCUAUGGCCCGUGAGUCGGAAGUUCCCCAGUUGCGCCUGGCAUUCGGUGUUUACUUUUCCCAGUAUCACAGGUUCAAAGACAUAGUUUGGAGGUAUUGGAUAUAUCUCCAGACUCACCGAUGGUCAUACCACCCCAGAGCACCUGCACAUGUGACAGGGCAACUUCUUAGAAGAUGGGAUGAUGGCCGCGGCGCUGUGGAGCCGGAUGAUGGUCACGAGCGCGAUGAUUUUGUAGUUGAUGAUGACGACGAUGAUGACGACGACGAGAAGGAAAUCUACCAAGAGGAUGGUAGUGAUUUUGAAACAGACAACACCACCCACGAUUUCGCAGUAGAUGACGACAGUCACAGGCACGACGAAGAAGACCAUACUAACUCUGAGUCUACAGAAAGCAGUGAUCUAGAUGGAUCUGUCGCACAGGCAGAAACGCUCUUACCCUUUCACGGGAGUCAAAAUAUCUCUCAAACCUCGGGCUCAGAUUCAGAUGACGAUAUACCUUUGGAUGAAUUGCGCAGCAAGACUAUAAUAAAGCGCCGAAAGAAUAAACGGCACGCGUCCUUGAACAACCGUCAAAGAAUUUGUUUUUCGGGCUCGGGUGAGGAAACUGACACUGCUGAUCAGCCCCCGCCGAAACGUCUCAGACGCAGGUCCGAACAUGAAGGUGCUAUAAUAUUCGAGUGA